GGCCGGGCUCUGAAUCCGAGACAGAGCUUUUGAAAGCUUCGUGGCGCUGUUAGGAGUUUUUGAAAUGGCAGGAAGGCAACUAGCUUUGGGCUCUAUUCAGCACUCUUUGCAGGGCUUGAACAUAAGGUUUAGGGGUGGCGUUUGCCACCAGCGGAUUCAUCAAUGCCCCCAGCGUCCAGCUGCCCCAAGAGAGAGGCACAGAGGUCACAAUGCACAUGCCGACUAUGAAGCGCUCCGAGCAAGUCCUCUUCAGCAUCAGGUGACCAGAAUCUUGGAAGUAUGCUCAAAAAGUUCAAGCCUUGGCCGACUCCAGCGAUACACAACCAACCGAUUUGCGACAUGUUCCUCCAUGAGCCAUGCAAGCGCGCGACACUCCUUACCUUCCAUAAGUAUGUCAAGUACUGCGCCAGAUAUUGUCGAGACAGCGGCUUCAGGUGGCGUUAGUGAAAGCCCUGACAUGUCAACUGACAGCAGCGCUGGAGAACUCUACUCAUCAUUCAAUUUUCAUAAGGACAAAGGUGGCAGCCCGCCUUCAUUGCAGCAGGGAGCAUUGUACCUUGUUGGAACUCCGAUAGGCAAUCUGGAGGACAUCUCAUUCAGGGCCUUACGUGUGCUUAGCUUGGCUGAUGUCAUCCUGGCGGAGGACACACGGCGGUCAAGCAAACUGCUGAGCUACUUCGAAAUCAGAACACCGAUGAUUAGUUUCCAUCUGCACAACGAGCAGUCUAGAGAGGGGGAGGUGCUGCAAAAGCUGCGCGCGGGCAAAGUGGUGGCGGUGGUCUCGGACGCAGGUAUGCCAGGCAUCAGCGAUCCAGGGAUGGAAUUGGUGGAGGCUUGUGUGGGAGCCAAGAUUCCUGUAAUCCCCAUUCCUGGCCCAUCAGCCGUUAUCACGGCCUUGGUGGCCUCAGGACUGCCAACAUACGAGUUCACUUUCCUCGGUUUUCUGCCGCCCGAUAAAGCUGCGAGGAGAAAACGCUUGGCGUCCAUGAAGGAUAGCAAGCCCACCCAGGUCAUGUUUGUUGGGCCCCACAAACUAGCCGCAUGCUUAGCAGAUGCUGCUGACGUCAUCGGCCCAGAGCGCCGGUGUGUUGUUGCAAGGGAGAUGACGAAGGUGUUCGAGGAGUUCUAUCGAGGACCCCUCGGCGAGGCAGCAGCCGCCUUCAGAUCGCCAGACCCGGGAGAGGCACCCCAGGCGGUAAAGAGGAAAAGACCCGAAGCAGUCGUCCGUGGGGAAGUGACGCUUCUCAUUGAGGGUCAUCGGAAGGAACACGAGGAAGAAAUCUCGGAAGAUGACAUAACUGCCCAACUGCUGGCGCUCAGAGAACGGGGGGCUUCGGUUUCCGACGCCACACGCGAGAUUGUCGAAGCUUCAGGUUUGCGCAAGAAGAAGAUCUACAGGUUGGCGCUCGAUCUCUGGAAAGACGACUGAUAUUGAGAGAGAAUUUCGGUACGUACGACAGCGAAAAACAUGGUUAAAGUGCUGCUUCUCGAAGAAGAGCAAUACUCGGAAGCUUAGGAACCUCGAUGGAAGCCCGGCCCUAAGUCAAGGCCUUUGAUCUGCGAUUCCGUUGAAAGUCAUCUGGCCGUGCUUAUAAUGUAUCUAACUGAAGCCUGCUGCGUGGCAUGCUACGUUUGUGAGUUCCAAAUUGAACUUGAUAUAUCAGGCA